ACUGUCCCCGUCGUCUCUCAGACAGACCCUGCCCUUUCCUUUCUGUCGCCGUGUCCGUGGGGGGAUAGGCAGACUUACAAUGGGGAUCUUUCUACAGUGCUGACCUCUCCCUGCUUCAUGUUCAGUGAUCUCCGCACCCAUUUUUGAAUGUCAGUCAUCAUGGCCAAGCGCGAGACCAGCAGCACCAGCCCUGUCGUCAGACAGAUAGACAAGCAGUUUUUGGUCUGUAGCAUCUGUUUGGACCGUUAUCACAACCCUAAGGUUUUACCCUGCCUGCACACUUUCUGUGAGAAGUGUCUACAGAACUACAUCCCUCCUCAGUCUUUGACGCUCUCCUGCCCAGUGUGCAGACAGACAUCUAUCUUGCCUGAGAAGGGUGUUGCAGCCCUGCAGAACAACUUCUUUAUCACAAACCUAAUGGAAGUGUUACAGCGAGAUCCAGAAUGCAGUCGAGCCGAGGUGUGCAAUGUUCUCGAGUCGGCCAAUUCAGCUACAACCUGUCAGCCUCUUUCUUGUCCCAACCAUGAGGGCAAGGUUAUGGAGUUUUACUGCGAGUCAUGUGAGACAGCCAUGUGUCUGGAGUGUACAGAAGGGGAACACAGGGAGCAUGUGACUGUUCCUCUGAGGGAUGUGCUGGAGCAGCACAAGUCAGCUCUGAAAAAUCAGCUUGACACCGUGCGCAACAGACUACCUCAGCUGACAGCUGCCAUUGAGCUUGUGAAUGAGAUCUCAAAACAGCUAACAGGGAGGAAAAACGAUGCCGUGUCAGAAAUCAGUAAUACUUUCGAUGAGCUCGAGAAGGCGCUACACCAACGCAAGACUGCCCUUAUUACUGAGGUGGAAAACAUCUGCAGCAGUAAGCACAAGGUGCUUCAGACCCAGCUGACUUCUUUACUUCAGGGCAAAGAAAAUAUCGAAAGCAGCUGCAGUUUCACUGAGCAUGCCCUAAGUCACGGCAGUGCGACGGAGGUCCUGUUGGUUCAGAAACAAAUGGGCGAGCGGGUCAGUGCUCUGGCGAGGCACAACUUUCCAGAGCAUCCUCAUGAAAACGGACACCUAGAAUGUCAAGUAGAGACGGAUGGACUGAGGCGAUCCAUUCAGAAUCUGGGAGUCCUCAUCACAACCGGAGCUGUAGGCCAUACGAGCGUUGCCACCGGCGAGGGCCUGCGACACGCAGUGGUCGGCCAGCACACCACCAUUACUGUCACCACAAAAGACAAGGAUGGGGAGCUAGUAAAAACCGGGAACGCUGCUCUCAGGGCAGAAAUAGUCUCUGCAGACGGAGUGUGCACCGAAGCGGAGGUGGUGGACAACAAGAAUGGCACCUACGAGGUUGGCUAUACCGUCCGCUCCGAGGGAGAAUUCACCUUCUCCUUGCUGUUAUACCACCAGCCUGUGCGGGGGAGUCCGUUCCGCCUGCGUGCCGUCAAGCCGUCAGAUGUCCUGCAGUCACCAGACGAUGUGAAGAGAAGAGUGAAGUCCCCGAGUGGAGGAGGAGGUCACGUUCGACAGAAGGCUGUGCGCAGGCCCUCCAGCAUGUACAGCACCACCAAGAAAAAGGAAAACCCAAUAGAAGACGAGCUGAUCUACAGAGUUGGAACAAGAGGGCGAGACAAAGGAGAAUUCACAAACCUUCAGGGGAUUUCUGCAUCCAGUAAUGGGCGGAUUGUGGUUGCAGACAGCAACAACCAGUGCAUACAGGUGUUUUCCAAUGAUGGCCAAUGUAAGAUGAGGUUUGGUGUAAGGGGCCGGUCACCAGGACAACUGCAGCGCCCGACGGGUGUGGCGGUCGACAUGAACGGUGACAUCAUUGUAGCCGAUUACGACAAUAGAUGGAUUAGCAUCUUCUCCUCGGACGGCAAGUUCAAGAGUAAAAUCGGUGCUGGACGACUGAUGGGACCCAAAGGUGUGGCUGUGGAUAAGAAUGGACAUAUCAUCACAGUUGAUAAUAAAGCUUGCUGUGUUUUCAUUUUCCAAUCCAAUGGGAAGCUGGUGACCAAGUUUGGAGCCCGAGGAACUUCAGAGAGACACUUUGCAGAGAAAAGUGGUGCAAACAUUGCACUGGAAUCAAAGCUUAGUAAAUCUGGCCCUGUUUUCAGUCCUCACUUUGUGGCUGUUAACAACAAAAAUGAGAUAGUCGUCACAGACUUCCAUAACCAUUCAGUCAAGGUAUACAAUGCUGAUGGGGAGUUUCUGUUUAAAUUUGGCUCCCAUGGUGAGGGAAACGGCCAGUUCAACGCACCAACAGGCGUGGCCGUCGAUGCCAAUGGAAAUAUUAUUGUUGCUGAUUGGGGAAACAGUCGGAUCCAGGUGUUUGACAGCUCAGGGUCUUUCCUGUCCUACAUCAACACUUCAGCCGACCCACUGUAUGGCCCGCAGGGCUUGGCCCUUACAUCUGAUGGCCACGUGGCAGUGGCGGACUCUGGGAACCACUGCUUUAAAGUCUACCGCUACCUGCAGUAGAGCUGUGAGACAGCCAUAACCACUGAUGACGCGACAAAUAUAUUUCAUGGGGCGCGAUGACAUUUCCAGUACAGCUUUUUGAUGUGCACAUCAGCAUAUUCGUCGGAUAGAAUUGUCACCUUAUUUUAUCUUUAUGAUGUGUAUUGAAGGUUCAUCCUGUACAAGUUCAGUAAUGUAGCGUCCUCGAGACAAAUACUGACAUAAACUGGCUUUAGAGAAUGUGCAAAGGCAUCUUGGUGUGUGAUAUUAUUAAACCAGACUUUCUGUCGAAUCUGUCACUUUAGAUAUAGACUGAAGUAUUUAAUCAGCUCCGACCUGUUCAGAUGCAUGAAGUUUUUUCUUUUUUUUUCUCACUUUCUAGGCAACAACAUAAUUGUUUUUACCUAAUGGUAGUUAAUGCUUUCAGUGAACUGAACAAAGCUAUGCUUCUGCAGCAAUGAAAUGUAAACAUUAUUUAUGUGCAUCUGUCUUGAAGUAUAACCACCAUCUGUGCAUUGAUUUGCUGUAUGUACUGUAUAUACUGUACAUGAAUGUACAUUGUACAUAUUAGAUCACGCUGUAUGUAAGUGCUAUGAUUUUAAAACAGUUUUUUUCAGAGAGCAGCAGAUGAUGAAGGAUCCCUGGACUCUCCAUGUGUGUGGCAGCUUUGGACACAUACUCAGCACAUGCGUUUAACGAUGAGUGUCAUUAUGUAAGCAGCACAAUGAUCAUUUUUGUUUAUAACUGUUAUUUUAAAAGGAACAACAAUGUAAAGUGCUAAUUUAUUUUAUAUUUUACUAGCUCAGCUUUUAAAAAUAUUUUUCUAUGUUUUUUUCCUUUUCUUUCUUUUUUAACUUACACCUUUAAAGGGAAAUUUCCCAUAAAGCAGAAUUCAGCAUCCACCAACAUCCAUUUCUCAGCAUUUAUACAGGUGGGCCGCUUGUUUCCGCAAAUGACACAUCGUUUUUUUUUUUUAUGCCAAAUUGUUUUUUUGUAUGUUUUAAAACAAUAUGAGAAAUUGUAUUUAUUAUUUUGCCUUGAACAAUUUAUCAGCUUUAUUCAACGAGUGCUAUCAACUGACAUGAAUAGCAAUUUCUCAGGAAACUCUUCUGAAUUUGGUACAAGUGUUAGUGAAACAAUAUUAGACGUUUUUUAUAUGCACGAACAUGAUCAAUUAGAGAAACUGUUUUGCAUCUAAUGUCACAAAAAAAGAUGAAGAUGGAAUAUGAAUUCUGUUUUGAGGUGUUUGUGUUUUUGUGUGGCUUUAAAACAAACAUAACCAGUUAUAUUACUGUGAAUGACCAUUUGUUACAUGAGAUUGGCGAGUGAACAUUUGUAAGCUUCUUGUCUCUUAGACAUUAGUUCCUUCCGUCAUAAUGCCAAAAUAUAACUUUGAUGCAAGAACUCAUCCACUGGUGGUGUUGCUUUUGCUCCCCCUCAUGUUCAUUUUGUGUAGUACCCGGGAAAAAGUGCCACAGCUGAGGAAAGAUUGUAGUCAAGACCGUUUCCUUGUCCAACUUAAUUAUCUAGUGCUCUGUUUAACAAACAAAUACCAGGUAUAAAAGUGAAAUCUCAGCAUUUUAGUCAGAGAGGAAGCUGCUGUUUUAUCAUCUGUCAUUUGACUUGUUGCCAAACAGGAGCGGACAUGUUUUUAAGAGUCAAAUGCUCACCUCUGUUGAGACGUAUCUAAAAUGUUUUACCCUGCUCACAUCUAUGUUUUCUUUAUGAAUAUGCACUGGUAAUAAAAGCACAUGGUUUAAU